GCGGCCAUGGCGGGCGUCAAGGUGAUCGCCAACGACACCGAGUUCCAGCCCGAGCUGAGCGCCGCCGGCUCCCGCCUGGCCGUGGUUAAGUUCACCAUGAGGGGGUGUGGGCCUUGCUUGCGGAUCGCUCCGGCCUUCAGCGCCCUGAGCAACAAAUACCCACAGGCAACAUUCCUGGAGGUGGAUGUGCACCAGUGCCAGGGCACAGCUGCCACCAACAACAUCUCAGCAACACCCACGUUCCUGUUCUUCCGGAACAAGGUGCGCAUCGACCAGUACCAGGGAGCGGACGCCGUGGGCUUGGAGGAUAAAAUCAAACAGCACCUGGAGAACGACCCCGGCAACAGCGAGGACACAGACAUCCCCAAAGGAUACAUGGAUCUGCUGCCCUUCAUCAACAAGGCCGGCUGCGAGUGCCUGAACGAGAGCGACGAGCACGGCUUUGAGAACUGUCUGCGCAAGGACUCCUCCUACCUGGAGUCCGACUGUGACGAGCAGCUGUUGAUCACAGUCGCUUUCAGCCAGCCUGUCAAGCUGUACUCCAUGAAACUCCAGGGACCAGACAAUGGCCAAGGCCCCAAGCUGAUCAAGAUCUUCAUCAACCUGCCGCGCUCGAUGGACUUUGAGGAGGCGGAGCGCAGCGAGCCCACGCAGGCGCUGCAGCUGGGCCCCGAGGACAUCCGCGAGGACGGGAUCAUCCAGCUGCGCUACGUCAAGUUCCAGAACGUCAACAGCGUCACCGUGAGUGCCGGGACAGCCCGGGACAGACUGGGAUAACCUGGGACAGACUGGGACAGCACCUGGGACAGACUGGGAGAGACAGGGACAGCAUGGGACAGCUCCUGGGACAGACAGGGACAGUCAAAGGACAUUCUGGGACAUCCUGGGACAGUCUGGGACAGCCUGGGCUGGUCAGGAGAGCUCUCCAUCACCAGACACGGGGACACAAACCCCGUGAGGAACAGCUGGAGGAGCUGGGGGUGUUCAUCCUGGAGGAAGGGACACUGACAGGUGACCUCACAGCUCCUCAAAGGAGGUUUUGCUCAGGUGGAGGUCACUCU